AUGACCAAUAGUACCUCUUCAGCGUCACAACCUGAAGAAUUGUGUCUUGUCUGCCAAGAUAUUUCAACCGGUUAUCACUACGGCGUACCAUCAUGUAACGGCUGCAAAACAUUUUUUCGGAGGACAAUCAUGAAGAACCAGAAUUUCGUGUGUCAAUACGAAGGAAAAUGUCCCGUCGAUAAAAGCAUUCGAUGUGCUUGCCGACACUGCCGUUUCCAAAAAUGUCUUCAGGUUGGGAUGGAUAGAAAUGCCAUUCAACAAAAUCGUGAUCCGAUUGGCUACACGAAACGGACGCGGCGAUAUCCAACCGUUAAAAGAGUUGAAAGUUCCGAAGAAUGUUCGCCGAAAAGUAGCGUCAUGGUAAGUUUCUAUUAUAUGCUUGGAAAAUGA